AUGGCUUUGAGCAGGCGAGAACAAGAAGAGCUGCAGCCCCUCAUUCUUGAGACUGUUACACAGAGACUUGGGUUUCCGGAAAAGGCUGUUAUGAAAGCUUCACUUUCUUGUCUAUCGCAGAAUUUGGACAGGCAGGAAACAGUGGACCAGUUAUCUGCACUUUUGGGCCAAGAUUUAGCACCAAGAUUCGUUGAGGACCUUUUCAACAAGGUUGAGAGAGCAAGGAAGAAUAAGUUUAGUGAUGGCAUGAUCAAAGGCACUAGAGAAAAACGAACUAUCCAAGAUGUAUUUGGAGAUGAUGAGGAUUCAAGUUUGGAGAAAUCUUUAAAGAAGAAGAAGCAAAAAGUCAACAGAUUAGAAGCCCUUCAAGAUGAUGCUCCAUUGCCUCCAACAUUGCCAGAGCCAAUGGAGGGUGGUGGUGUGAUUGAUGCCUCCCAAGUGACUGCAAUGGUUGCAAAUAUGAAGAAACAAAUACAGGAAAGAAAAAGGCAGCUAGAUUUACAAAUGAGGCUUGGUCUGGGCCCAAAUUUUGGAUCAAGCCAGUAUGCAUCUGAAGGCAGCCAACAAUACUUUAUGAACGAGGCAGCUCGCAAGGCAAAAGAAGCAGCUGAUCUCCAGGCUCGCAUUCAAGAGAAAUUGUCAAAAAAGCCAGGGCUGCUAGGGGCUGCCAAAGGGAAUCUACCUGGUGCUUUAGAUGUGUCUGCAUUUACUAAGCCUACUGCUGUUGUCUUUGAUGAGGAAGGAAGGACUAUAGAUCCUAGCACUGGAAGAGCAAUUCAAUUUGUCCAGAGAAUGCCAACAUUAAAAGUUAAUAUCAGAGAAAGAAAACGAGAACAAUUGAAAAUUGAGAAACCAAGUGAAGACUUCAAAGAAAGUAUACAUUUUGAUGAUCGAAUUGGUGAUUCAAAAUUAUCUCAGAGACCGAAAAAAGGAUUUAAAUUUCACGAGGCUGGAAAAUUUCAGAAGCUUGGGCAGAGAGUGAGAGCCAAGACCCAGCUUGAAAAACUGCAGAAACAGAUCCAAUCAAUUGCAAAGAAGACAGGUAUUUCAUCGGCUGCAAAGUUGGCAAUGGUCACCCCUAAGAAGGAGCUUGAAGGAGAGGCACCCGAGGCUGAGUGGUGGGAUCGAGGUAUCUUGCCAAAUCAAACAUACGAUGACUUAGAUAAGCAAAUGGAAGACAUUGAGCUGACAUUGGAAGGAAUAACAAAUUUGAUUGAACACCCCGUGCAAAAGGAGCCUCCAGCUGAACCAAAACAGGUACCUCAGAUGCAAAUUUUCUUGACGAAAAAAGAAAGGAAGAAAAUUCGCAUGCAGCGAAGGCGCGCGGAAGAAAAAGAAAAGCAGGAGAAAAUCAGGCUGGGGUUAAUACCCCCACCUCCGCCAAAAGUGAAAAUUUCUAAUUUGAUGCGAGUUUUGGCCAGCGAGGCAGUGCAAGAUCCCACCAAAGUAGAAGCACAUGUUCGGGCACAAAUGGCACAGCGACAGAAAGCACACGAGCAAGCCAAUGCUGAGAGAAAACUGACUCCUGAAGAACGAAAAGCGAAGAAAAUAAAAAAGAUCCAAGAAGAUACCACAUCGGGUGUGCACGUCGCAGUUUACAGACUCAGAGAUUUAUCUGAUCAAGCAAAGAAAUUCAAGGUGGACAAAAACGCCCAGCAGUUCUUUGCAACUGGGUGUGCAUUGUUAGUUAAAAACACGAAUCUUGUUGUCUUUGAAUGUGGGCCUAAAGCUCAGAAAAAACUGAAGCGGCUGAUGUUACACAGAAUAAAAUGGGAGGAAGAUGAAGUGGACAAGAAGCGAAAGAAAAAAGGACGUAGCGAUGAGACAAGCGAAAGGAUGAAUAAAUGCAGUCUUGUUUGGGAGGGAAUAAAUCAAGAUAGAAAUUUUAAAGAAUGGGUAAUGAAGCCAUUUCCUGCUGAAAUCCAAGCAAGAGAAUUCUUAAAAAAGCACAAUGUUGAACAUUAUUGGGAUAUAGCAUUGAGUCAGUCUUUACAAGAAGAUAACGAAGAGUUUACUGGCUAGCCACUGAUCCCUGGACUGAGAUAGAUCCAUUUUGCUAUUUUUGUAAAUGUCAUUUUAAGUCCUGGAGUCUUUACUUUCAUAUACAGACGUUCUGUUUAUAUCCAUGCUUCGAUUAAGCGGAAAGGACAACUAAGAUUACUGAACCUCUGAAAUUUCCUUAAAAAUUCACAUCGGGUAAGAAAUAUUCUUUUAAAUCCACAAGCAAUAAACACAUCAUUUUUAAGGCCAUUUUCUGAUUCUAGCACUUUCUUAGCUCGAAGAUGCUAACUGGCCAAGUAUUUGAUGUUAGAUGUUAGCUCGAAGAUGUUAAGCUUUGUCAAGAUGAGACCGUCAGAAGAGGCCAGGAGUGGGUCAGACAUUGAGUUGUAAUUUAGCUGCGACUCUAUCUUAUAGCUACACAUUAAAGAAUUUUAUAAUGCAAAGAUUGUAGAAUUGUGUUUUCACGAUAUCGUCCAAGGAAUUGAAAAACUUCAAGGAACUUAUAACAGUAAGAUUAGUUCUUUCACAUUGCUUCAACGAGAUCACCCAUUGUAGAAUCAUUUUUGAAUUCAUAAA